GACAAUCAAAUCAAUUAUAUCUUUCUCUAUAAACGAUCUUCAUUCGGGCUGUAAUUUCAGAAUCCUUUCAUUCAAACUUUAAUUUGGCUUCUCUUCCUUCACCAUGAAUCUAGUAGCCGUUAUCGCUUUCCUCGGCUUCGUCGGCGUGGCCUCGGCCGCUCCACAAUCUGACCAACGGAGACCAGAAGAUCCCAUUCCAAUUGACACAGUGACGACCUGUGGCGGUUACAUCGAUACAACCUCCGUCUCAAUCGAAUUCCAACUCGGUGGGUCCAUCAGUGCGGAUACCAGAUGCGUUUGGGUUAUCUGGGGACGCGAUCAGUUCCACAGGUUCAACCUGGUUUCGUCCGGUCUUCAAGAAACCGACGGGAUUUUCCUUGCCGGCUACUCUGGAAAUGGGUUUGGCGAACAACACAGAUUGACAACGAUUGGUCAGAACGUCUCGUUGAGUUUCAGAAUGGCUCUCCUCACCCUGCAUGUUGGACAUGAACCAACUCAAGGAUUCAAAGUGGAGUUUUACUCCAGCAGUGGUCCAAAUUAUGAACCACUUACCGGUCACGCACUCUUGACCGAGGCGAAGGGAAAUUACUCCUAUCCCGUUAACGGCAGUGAAUAUGGAAACAGUGAAAACGCUCUGUUUGUUAUCGCCCCCACAGUUCCGGGACAGCCGACCCUCCGCUUUUCAAGGGUCGAUGUUGAAAAUGAGGAUACUGGCUGCAUGUACGACUCCGUUCGAAUCUUCAGUUGGUUUGACAGCGAUUAUCUCGAAGUGGCGAGAUUUUGUGGAAAUACAAUUCCACCAAGUGUAACCUUCCAAGACGGACUUGGUCUGAUCACAUUUGUCACGGACACAACUAUCACGGGAACGGGAUUCGAUUUCGAAUAUGAAUAGGAAAAAUAAAUGCAAAACGAGAAAAUUUGUGUUAAAAUAUAAAAUUCACAAAUUCAAAUAAGUAUGUAUGCACUUUUGCUUAAGAAAUUUAAUGUGCUUCCAAAUUAUCACUUCUACAUGUGUAAAUGCCUAAGAACAAGUAAAGUUAUUGGUGACACGAGCUGUGACUGUAAUUGGAUCUUCCUUACGACAAAUUUUUCGAAUAUCUAUGUACACAAAUUUCAGAUGUGUUGAGCAAUGGGAUUCCUAUUUAUUUACGACGUUUAGAUUUCCACAGAAUAUUCAAUCGGUUAUGCAUCAUAACUAUAAAUACUGAUCAAAGUCUAUUUUUUCAGUAGCGGAAUUCAUUAAUCACCUCAUUAUCAUCAAACAUCCAGCUGCAUAUCGAUCGAAGAAUGAAAUCCUUACCUGAUCGUAUCUCAAUAUCAUUGUCCUUACAUAAGAUGAAUGGACAAUGGACAAUACAUAAAUUGCAAUUCUGGAAUUUAUUCGUCACUCAUCGUCAGCCGAUUAAUAGUUACCAAUUGUCGCCAUGAAUUCAGCAGCGUUUCUCGUUCUCUUAUUUAGCAUAUUCGUCUCUGCUUUGGCGGCCCCACAACCUGAACCACAUCAGGGUAUUCCAGAAGACCCUGAACCCGUAACAACAGUCACGUCAUGUGGCGGAUUACUCGAGACGACCUCCGCUAUCAUCAAUUUUCAGGUGGGUGGAUCAAUUCGGGCGGACAUGCGAUGCUUGUGGAUCGUUAAUGCGCCCUACGACACGCAACGAUUUAGUUUAGUCUCGUCCGGUCUUAAUGAGAAUGACGGGCUUUUUGUGACCGCAUAUGGCAAAGAGGGCCCAGGAUUGCAAUACAAAGUGGCUUCUCUAGGUCAAAAUCACACUUUCGUUUCGAGGACCGUACUCGUAACGUUGAACGUUGGACACGCUCCCACCUUCGGAUUUAGUUUAAAAUUUUUCUCCAGUGGUUCCGCCGGUGCUGUUGCGAUAACUGGUUAUAUCGGGUUGACCACUGCGAGGGGAAAUUUGUCUUAUCCUCUGGGUGGUGGAAAUUACCAGAAUAGCGAAAGUGCCUUGAUCACGAUAACCCCCACGGUUCCGGGAAAACCCACGUUGCGAUUCACUUUUGUCGAUAUGGAGGGAGCGAGCUGUUUGUACGAUUAUGUUCGGACUUUCACCUGGUUUGAAAAUACUUAUAGUCAGGUGGCAAGGUUUUGCGGAACAACAAUUCCUACCAGUCUCACACUCGCGGAAGGUGUUGGACUUGUCUCAUUUACAUCGGAUGCAAGCGUUACAGGACCAGGAUUCGCGUUCGAGUGGGAGUGAAAACUUCUUGAUAUGACGCAGUUUACGUUGAUGGUUCAAAUAUUUAUGCACAUGAAUUUGUGUAAUUUUAUCUUAGCCUUGCAUUACUUUCCAAAAAAUUUACUUGUUAAUACAGCAAAUAUAAUUAUUCGAAA